GAAAAACCUUUGAACUGAUUGAUCUUAGCCUCAUUUUUAGGUCGCAAAAACAAACCCCACCCUGCAUUUGAACAGGGGUGUGCAGACUUUUCCUAUCCAGUGUACUUGUUGGGCACUAGGACCUAGAGGGGGUGCCAGCUCGUGUUAUUUCAGCGAUCUCGCGCUCCUCUCCGGCAGCAGAAGCGCCACCAACGUCCACCACUGGCGUCGGGGGCAGACAGUGAGCAUUCCUCCAUCCCUGCGACCGCAACACUCUGCCUAGUGGGCACAAGGCCACCACUUGAACUCGUUGAAGUGCGACAAGUCAACACGGCGAGCAGCCCCAUGCUCUUUUCGAAUGACUAAAACACCUUCGACAUGUCUUCAUCCGUGAACGGGACAGAAGAGGUGCGCGUGUCGGCGUUGACGCCCCUGAAGUUGGUGGGGCUGCUUUGCGUCUUCCUCGCCCUGUGCCUGGACGUGGGAGCCGUGCUGAGCCCGGCGUGGGUCACGGCGGACGACCAGUACUCCCUGUCCUUGUGGGAAUCCUGCUGGAAGCCCGUCAGCUCGGCGGAGUGGUCCUGCAACAGCACACUUGCCACCGGUGAGAGGCGCAUUGAAAACAAUUGGACUGGCAGAUCGCCACGCUGGCCCUGCUGCUGGGAGGGGCAUUACUCACGCUGGUCUCCUUCCUUGUGGCCCUGGUAUCCCUGUGCUCCAGUUCCAGGAGUCGCUGCUACAAGCCUGUGGCCAUUAUGCUCUUCUCGGCAGUGGUGCUCCAAACUUGCAGCCUGGUCUUGUUCCCCAUCAAGUUCAUCGAGGCGGUCACUCUGAGGGUGUACCACGAGUUCAACUGGGGCUACGGCCUGGGAUGGGGAUCCACCAUCUUCUCCUUUGGAGGGGGCAUCCUCUAUUGCCUCAAUUCCAAGAACUAUGAAGACUACUAUUAAACACAGAAGAGAACAAGAAGAGCAAGAGGGAUACAAUACCAUAUUGAACUUUCAGUCACACUACAUGAACAUGCAGCAUAAUUAUAGCAAAAACAAACUAUUUGAAACAGAGUUCUAUGAGAGUCUUAUUACAAACAGUAUGCUCUCUCACAUUCCGUCUUAGGGAUUUUGAAUGAAAAACAGGUGAGCAAAAAGAAUUCAAAAUCUGACAUUUUUCCGUAAAUAACAUCACUCAGAUACACUAUGUAGACAAAAGAAUUUGGCCACAUGUUCAGUGCACCUACAGGAAGUGAAAAUUGAAUAAAAUAGGGUGGACACUCACAUUGCAGGAAUAACAGCUUUUACUCUUCUCUGAAGACUUUGUACAAUAUGAUCAUUGUGUGUCCAUUCCACCAUUUGUGGCUUGAUGUCAGGCUUUUGUGCAGAACAUUCUUAUACACUUGUCGCUUUGUGAAAAGAAAAGGGCCUUUCUCAUACUGUUCCUACAAUGCUGGAAGCAUACAACUGUGAAAAAUGUCUUUGUUAGAUGAAAAAUUCAAAUUGAACGAGUCGGAUUUUUUGAUGAGUUGAUUAAUUAACUGAGUAAUAAGUGUGUGUGGCAUAGUUUAUCUGCAUAGUAUAUGUUUGCCUCCCGUUUAAGUGGCGCUCUGGUAGGUCUUAACAUUAGGCAGGAAAUCUGGGGAGAACAGAUGGAUCCAUUGACCUCGUGUGAAUAUGAAUGGGUCGACUGAAUAAACCAGUCUGGGUGAAGAUGGAAAAUAACAGCAGAAAAUCAAUUCAAUUCCCUAAUCAGGGAAUGAAUGGCUCCGGGAAGGAAAAUGUCCUAUUGAGAUGACAUCCUGAGGACGUCACAAGCAAAGGGAGCCUCAGACAAAACAAGGCACACCCAAGGAAAUGCGACAUUACUUUUGGUCUUCUCACAAACUGUUCAGCAGCAGCAUAUCCCUACUUGUUAUGAUGUUGGUGUAUUUUUGCAUAUUAAAAUUUGAACCGGUGGGAAAGAAGUUGGUAGAUGAUCAUGUGUGCCGUAUCAUCCAUUUACGCACCGCCUCAUGUGAUGCCACCUUGUGAGUCUACUAUUUUUGUCAAAGAAGAUCAUUGUAUUUAGUAGUGUGCUGUAUUAGUGUACUGUGUAUAGUAGUUGGUCCAUGAUACACUGUUGUAUGAAAUACAAUGCUCAGUGCAUGAAGAUUGUGUAAUAAAGCAGUAACUGGAUAACUUGGAA